CACGACCCUCAUUUGGCUGAAUGUUUGAGAGAAAGAACUGGAGAAGUUCUGCCCGAGCGAGUCCCGACUAAACGCUAGAGCAGCCCCUGUCUGUUUUUGACAUUUAUCAGCGUUCUUGCUGCGGAGCAGACGCACACACACUUCUUGCGUUGCUGGCAAAUCCCACAGCUUUUGGGGAAAGAGCGGAAAUAUUUGGCCUCACAAAACCGCCCGAAUCCAGUGGUUUCAGCCAUGAGACUAAACCUGAUUCUGGUGCUGUCACUCCUCGCUUGUUUGACCUUCAGCCUCGCGAAAGAUCAGAGACGACCCUUGGCUCGAGGCAGAAGACGUGGCGUUGGACCAAAACGAGCAAGGAAACAGACAUCUAACACUGAGUUGCAGCAAGGAAGAACAGCAGAAAACAAUAGACAAGAUGGAUCUAUUUUCAUCGACUCUUACAAGAAUACAAAGGAGCCAAAGCCAGAGUAUGAUGUGGCCGCAGGAAAAACGGAGCACUGUGUAUUUCGAGGCAUCACAAUGUAUGACAAAACAGUGUGGUCGCCAAAGCCAUGUGUGAAUUGCCUGUGUGCCAGCGGUGAGGUGGUCUGCGACCGAAUACUGUGUCCAGCCCUACGGUGCCAACUCAAAUUUCAACCAAUCGGAGAGUGCUGUCCAAUUUGCAUUGACCCAGUUGUUGAAGCCCCUGAGUUUUCAGGUGACCCUCCUUCCCACAACGAUCUCAGUGAUCCCUUUACUGAAAUAUCACAAAGCCAGAGAGAUAAGAAACAACGACUAAAAAAAGAUGAAGAGGAACGGAUUCGCAAAAAAGACGCUGAGCGCAAGCAGAGGAAGAAGCAGAAGAAAGAGGAAGCCGAGAGACAGAGGAAGUUAAAAGAAGCGAAAGAAGCCAGAGAAAAAGAGGAGGAGCUAAGGAGGCUACGAGAGGAGGAAGAGGAGCGAGCAGCGGCGGAAGAGAGGAAAAGAAGGAUGGAAGAACAGCGGAGGGUUGAGGAAGACAGGGCUCGUAGGCUGGAGAUGGAGCAAAGAGAGAUGAUGAGGGCUCUGGAAGAAGCAGCCGAACGUGCCCAAGAAGGACUCCGCGGAGAUGAGGCCACUGAAGACGAGGACGAGGUUUGGUUGAGAGGGGAUGUUUUUCAAAUGCCACCGGUGGCACCAACGAGAGCAGCAGAUCCUCCUCCUCUCUUAGCUAUCCAAGAGCCAACUGAACCGAGUGAGGAGGACCAUGAACUGGGUAAAGAAGCCCCUGAACUAGACGAAGAUGAACCAGAAGUAGUCGAGGAGGAAUCUGAGAUGGUUACCACACUGCUGCCUCCAGGUUGUUCGAUCUCUGACGUCACUGCCACCUGUGAAAAUGCUAAACUGACGGGUAUACCUCCACUGUCCAUCCCUGAGCUCAAAUCACUCAGCCUACAGGGCAAUGAAAUCAAAACGAUCCCAGCUGGAGCAUUCAAUGGCAUUCCCAACUUGGAGUGGAUAGACUUGGGGAAAAACAAGAUAGUGUCAUCUGGCAUCGACCCGCAAGCAUUUAAAAGUCUUAAAUUCCUGUCUCGCCUGUACAUGGAUGGAAACCUUCUGGAACAAAUUCCCUCUGAGCUCCCAUCAACACUCCAGGAGCUCAAGAUAAAUGAGAACAAUCUAAAAGAAAUUGAGGAAAACAGCUUUGAAGGUCUCGACAGUCUGGUUACUUUGGAAAUGGAGGGGAACUUGCUCAGCGAAGGUAACGUGAAUCCAAAGGCCUUUAAGCCCCUCAGCGAGCUGACUUACCUUCGGCUUGGCAGAAAUCAUUUCCGUACCGUUCCUCAGGGCCUACCUGCAUCUCUUCUGGAGUUGUACCUCGAAAACAAUCUGAUUGAAGAAAUCUCUGAAACGGCAUUCAACCACACCAGAAACAUCAACGUCAUUGUGCUAAGGCAUAAUAAAUUAGAUGAGUCAAGCAUUGCACCUUUAGCCUGGAUUAAUCACAGGAACCUGGAAUCCAUAGAUCUCUCGCACAACAAAUUCUACCUGGUUCCAUCCUUCCUGCCGAAGUCGCUGGUUCACCUGGUGCUGGCCGGGAAUCAGAUCGAACGCAUUCCAGGUUAUGUGUUCGCACACAUGGAGCCUGGCCUGGAGUACCUCUACCUCUCUUUCAACAAGCUGGAUGGUGACGCUAUCGAGCCAGAGUCCUUCUUUGGCACCUUCAACACUAUGACCGAACUCUGUCUAGACCAUAACCAGCUUACGUCUAUUCCCAUGGGAAUUAAUGAGAUGACAGCAUUACAUUUCCUACGACUGAACAACAACAAAAUAAGGCACAUAGCAGAAGACGCCAUCUGCGACCCCAUGAAUGAGGACGACUCUCAUCUAGUCGCCGUUCGCCUCGAGAACAAUUUCCUCGACCCUCGGAAAAUCCCACCCACAGCUUUCUCCUGCGUUCGCUCCUACUCUAGUGUUGUUUUAAAGCCUCAGAGGAUUUAGUAACAGCAAUCUUGUGUGCUAUUAUGAUAAUAAACCACUAAAGACCAUAAAUGUACCCCCCUCCAAAAACACACAUUCAACUGCAUUGAAUCUCUGUCUGGCAACUUGAUUUUCACUUUUAUAAGCUUUCACUUAUAAGUAAGAUAAGACUGAACAUGAACACCGCCUCGAGGAUCGUGGAUCAUGGCAGAACGCUGGCGUUGUUCGCACCUGUCUAGACGUGUCUUUGUAGGAUGCAUGAAUCAACCGUACAACACUUCAAGAGGAAAAAAGUAGCAGACUAUGACUUUGUAUUCUAUGUUGAGAUGUUUCUUAAUCUUGUCACAACAGUAUUAAUUUCGCUUGUCAUGGUGAAGAAAAACAGAAUGCAUGGCUUUUCUUAAUUAUAAAAGACUGCAGCCAAAAUCAACUUGCUUACAUAAUGCAUUUUUUUUAUAAUGACGUUCACUACUGAGAGAACUGUGAUGCAUAAUUGAAAGGUAUCCAUAUGGUUCAAGUCAUUUAAGCAACCACAGUUUUGUAUUUGCCUAGUUUAGAAUUGUAAGGAAAGCUUGUAAUGUACUUUUCUAUUCGCAUUAUCACUUAUUUUAUUCAAAUGUGAGUAUUAAA